UUUUUGUUUUCUCUCUCUUAUUAUACAGUUGUUACUCUUUCUCCUUGAUAUUCUCGCUUUCUCUCUCUCGGGUAGCGCACUGGUCGUGCUUCGUUGCGGCACUGAGUGAGGUGGUUCACUCUCUCUGCCUCUUUCUCUUCUCUGUCCCUAGAAACAAACCAUCAUCUUCUCAGAUCUAUAUCAAAAGCAAAACCCUAACACUUCCUUGUCUUAUUUUGGUUCCUCUUCCGAUUUGAUCUCAUCAUCAAUGGCUUUUGUAUGCAGCAGAAUCGCACAACUAACAUCAAUUUCAUCUAUAAAAUCAGCCAUCAAAUCCAACAUUCGCGCUUCUGCAUUCUUCAAACCAGCUUCCUCCUUUUCUCCAAUUCACACAUCCUUAUUGACCAGGAAUUCGCAGGAGCUGAGAUGCGCGCAGUCGAUGUUGCCGCUGCACAGCACGGUGGCAGCGGCGAGAAUAACGUCGUGUCUGACUUUCAAAAGUUGUCAAGCGCUUUCACCGGAGUUCUUUAAAAAGGAGCCUAGGUGGACUAUGUGUGCAACUCUCAGCCCAACUUUUAAAAUACGGGAGUUUCAGGAAGUGAGCUUUGAAAAUUUAUGCUUGAAAUAGUGGUCAUCACACCAUUCCUGCUAAUAUUUUUUCUUGUGAGCUUGUUUUCUUGGUCCGCAUGAAAGGUACGUUUCAUUCCUACUAAUAUUUUUUCUUGUCAGCUUGUUUUCUUUUCCUUCAUUUGAAUUUUUUGUGGCUUUAUUUUACUUUUUGUGGUUAGAUCUUUUUCUUAAAACUGAAGUCAUAGGAUGAGUUCUAAAAAACAUGAAUUAUCUAAGGUUAUUUUAUAUCAAAGAAAGUUAUGAAAAAGAUUAAAAUAAUAUCAUUGGGAUGAAAUGUGAGAGCCCAAACACAAUUCGUGUUGGGCUUGAAGGGCCCACGAAGAGCUGUGUGUGGCCUUUGGUAGAUACUAAUGGACUGUUUUGAACUAUAUCCAAGCUUAAUAUAUCUAAAUAUUUAUAGCACAAUGUUUUGUAACUUUUGUAGAAUUGACUAGCUUAAAUGGC